UAUCCUUAUCUCGCUUUAAAUGCAGAAAGUGCAGGCGAAACGAACUAACCUAUUCAUGUCCCCCGCCGGCGCCGGCCACCACUGUUUGUUUACAUCGUUCGAACCAGUGUUUCGCACGUGUGUUUCUCACGAGGAUCUGUUCUCCUGCAUCUCAACAUGUUUUCCAUCACUUUGGUAAAUAUCGAUAGUUAUCAGGCAUCCCCGGUACCCGAGCUGGACGUGACGUUCUCAGAGUUCCGUGGCUCCGAGGUGAAAAAGGUACCGGUAAUCAGAGCGUUCGGAUCAACUGCCACAGGCAAGAAGACAUGCCUGCACAUUCACGGUGUCUUUCCGUACAUGUACGUCCCAUGCACUAUUCAGGAGAAUACGGAUAGCUACGCUUAUCAGCUGGCUGCGGCGAUUGAUUCUGCGCUGAAUACAUCUUUCGGCGCCACUUUGUCUACCAACCAACAUGUGUACAAGAUCCAACGGGUAUCGGGAAUACCUUUCUACGGUUAUCACGAGAAAGAACACUUGUUCUUCAAAAUAUAUUUUUAUAAUCCAGCCAUAAUUAAGAGGACGGCGGAGUUGCUGCAGAAUGGUGCUAUUCUCAAUCAAACUCUGCAGCCGUUCGAGGCACACAUUCCAUAUAUUCUGCAAUUUAUGAUGGAUUAUAAUCUCUACGGCAUGAAUUUAAUCAAUUUAAAUAGCGUAAAACACAGACAUUCAUUGCAAGGAUGUGCGACAGACGACAGCCAGAGCAGGUCUUCAAUGAAUUUUUCAGACUCGCCAGUGUACCUGCCAACGUCUAUAACAAGGCAAAGCAUGUGCGAGUUGGAAGUGGACGUGCACGCCUCGGAGAUUCUGAACAGACAAGGUGUCGACGAGAAAUUGGAGCUGAAUCCUGGUCUUGCCGCGAUCUGGGACGAAGAGAAAGCAAGGAGGGCCGAAGUUGGUCUGGAAAGCGUAAAGUCGCAAUUAUUAUAUUCCAAGACACCCAGCAAAGAUGCUUUAUCGCCAACGAGCAAUGAUAUUUAUCAAAAGGAUCAAUUAUUGAAGAGGCUGAACGCUAUAUCACAAACCAACGAGACAAUUACUUCGAACGCGACGGGAUCUUCGUAUCCUGUUGAAGUGGAAGAUAAUGAAGAUGUCUUAAAUGCAUCCUAUAUUGUAGAUCACAGUGAAUCUCUCGUGCCUGAGGAAAGUCUUGAAAGAACAGUUUCUGAAAAUUAUAAACUGUUGCUCUCAGCCUCGUCAGCGUUUUUCGAAGCAGCUCGAAGUCAAAGUAAUGCAACGGAUAGUAGUAUUUUGGAUGCAGAUGAUAUACAACUGGUAGAGAUGCUGGCCGACUUGGCGGAAGGAAAUGAUAUCGCGAGCAAUGUAGACGACGACAGCGUUCUCGGAUCUCAAUAUUCUACGUACAGCGAACCGGCUAAGAAUGAUCCAGAGGAGGAAGAAGAAGAGAUUGAGGAUUUAAAUAUCACAAGUUUAGAUCUAGACCUGAGCUCUUGGGAAUCAACGUACAAUCAGAGGCCCAGUCAACGUGACAGUGCGGCAAAAGUUGUGGAUGAUAAGCGGAAUGCCGAAUCUGCGGAUGAUUCAAACGUUACCGAGGAAAAUUACGGAGAUGUCACACUCGUGAAUUUUCCACAAGUUGACGGAGUCGAUGAUUCAUACGAUAUUAUAUCAGAACACGAGAAAGAGAUAAAUAGUUUAAGUAAAAGAGGUGAUGCAGCGUGUUGCAUGGCAAUUCAGUGCCGUCCCAAAAUAAUAAAUCAUCGGGAUUUGGAUGUUUAUGAUAUAGACGAGUUAGAAACGUUUGAAACUAUGGAACACGUCAAUUAUGUAACGAUUUAUGAGGAAAACAAGUCAGUCACUACUUGCAUCACAAACUGUGUUUCAAUGAACUUUACAAUGACGAGUGUUGAUGGGGCUACGGCCGACGACUCGAGCGACGCUGAAGCUGACGUGACAAUCGUGAGAGAAGAGAAACUCGUAUGCACUUAUAAAUCCGGUGAAAAGAACGUGCCGCAGUGUACAGCUCAGAUCACGCCAAAGAAAAGGAAAUUCGAAGGCGACGAGCACGAGUCGCCUGGUAAACGAAGAAACGUGGACGUGAAGACGCCGAGAAGAAAAUACAAUUCUCCAGGCAGGUCGCCACGGAGUCCAAAAUUGUCGGGAUAUUACUCGCCUCUUCACAUUACCGUUACAUCUCCGAAAUCCAAUAGGAGCCCUGUACGACAGUGCGAAUCUCCGAAAAGAAAUCAGUACGCGUCGACCGAUGAUGGCCCGUCGACUUCCACUACGCCGAAACACAAGACACACCCGUUACGCGUCAGCUUGCUUCGUGAAAAAUUUUUAAACUCGGAUCUAGAAAACGAUGGCACUGAUAAUAAUACUAACAAUGAAACAGAUACUGCCGUAAAAGCUGAUAAAACGACAACGAUUUGCGAAUCACUACAAGAUCCCGAAGAGAGAAUGGAAAAUAAUGAAAAUUUGUUGAUUAAAACGAACAAGGAAGUUCGUAAAAGAUUAUCUUUCUUGGAAGAAGAAGAUGCUUUUGCAAAGUUAAGUCAUAACAUAAGCCAGUCUGAAAGAUCUUUAAUCGCACUUGGGCAUUCGAGUGAUCAAGGACACGUGGAUGCAACCACGCUUGUUCCCGGCGAUGAGAACAACGUACGGAACUUGGCGAAAAAGUCCGCGAAACUUCAUCACGACGACAUCAUUCCCGAAACCGAUCUCGACGAAGACGAGGAGGAUGCGUGCAACAUGACCUUCACCCAGCACCUCAAUCAGAAGAUCGAGAGCGACAGUCAAAGUUCGUCGUUGGAGCGUAGCGCCCGUCGCUCGUCGAACGCGAUAAUCACAAUUACCACGAGGUACAAGCCUCCCAGCCCGCGGAGGAUCCUGGAGAGCAUGACGAUGUACGGCAUUCCGAAAUGUAGAGCGCAAACACCGUUUUUCAGUAAUAAGCUCGAUCUCGCGAAACUGAAGGAAUCCUCGAACACCCACGCCGCAUCGAUGUGCUUCGACGUGCCUGCGUUCAAAUCCAGUCUGGACGACGUCACGAGUAUCAAACUGUAGCGGAGAAUGAAGGUCAACGAAUUCCAUCCGUCCGGGGCGAGUAUAAAGUCACAUCACAUCAAACGAACGCUCGCGGGAUAUAACUCGCUAACGAUUAAACCACUUGUGGAGCCACCGUCUCCUAAGGACGUUAAGGAUUGGAUCAGAGCUAAAGAGUACAUGUCGACAAAAAAUUCCGAUGUCAGGUCGUGCAAGCAAAAGAACAAGAAAGACGCGGUAAAUGCACAAGACGCGCAGCAUCCACAGAUUAAUGCCGAAGAGAUUAAACCUCAAUCGGGAGCAUCAAAUGAUUUAAUCGAUAACGAUUCGAACGUGUAUUCGCCGAUACCUCAACAAAAACUCGCGCUGAGCGGAACGUCCGACGAGUCCAGGAAGUCACAGAAUUCCGAAAAAUCAUUGAUAUCGGAGAGCAGUUUGGCCCCUUCCUUAAAACGAGCACUGGAAAAUCCGUUGCUACAUAAACAGGACAAGACGCAGCUAGGCGUUUCAUACGGUCAAAUCGAAUGCUCAUCCAAAGGGAGCUACGGUAACGUCUCGAACGAGAAUCUGCAGAAAGCUAGAGCAGUAACAGUACAUCAGUACCUGACGUCCUUGGCCCUCGAAGUGCACGUUGUUACCCGGGAAGAUCUGCUCCCCGAUCCGCAGUACGACUCUGUCGCCGCUUUAUUUUACGCGAUUCACAACGACGCCCCGACGGACGCCAAGGAGCAGAUAGAACAUGCCGCCAUAAUUGUAAAUUCUGACUCUGUAAGCGCAAGACUCAACAAGAUCCACUCUGCUAGUGCGAUGUGCCCAAUCCUAUACGUCGCAACGGAACGGGACGCGUUCGACAGCCUUGUGAAAUUGAUCGAGCGACACAAUCCGGACAUUCUACUUGGCUGGGAAGUCGAGGCGCUUUCGUGGGGCUACGUUUUUCAGCGCGCGUUUCACCUUGGCCUCGGCAACUUUCCAAUGAGAAUCUCGAAGGUACCGCACAUGCAGAUGUUUUCCAAAUCCGACGCCCACGCGUUUGAGAAGGACGACGUAGGUGAGGUGAAGGUACCUGGUCGUAACAUCCUCGAUGUCUGGAGGAUCAUGAGACAUGAGGCAGGUGAGACGCUUUCAAUAUCGUUUAAGAUUAAGGUUGUAGGCACUCUCAAGCUUCUGAAUCACUUGGAUAUUAUAGGUCGCACGUGUGAACACGCUCGACUUUUUGGAAUACAAUUUUACGAAGUUUUCUCGCGAGGCUCGCAGUUUCGCGUCGAAUCUAUGAUGCUCAGAUUAGCGAAACCGAUGAACUACAUUCCGAUCUCUCCGUCCGUCCAGCAGAGAGCGAAGAUGCGCGCGCCGGAGUGCCUACCGUUGAUCAUGGAACCCGAAUCUAAAUUUUAUACCGAUCCACUGAUCGUGCUUGAUUUUCAAAGCCUGUAUCCGAGCAUGAUCAUCGCCUACAACUACUGUUUCUCCACCUGUUUGGGGAGAGUCGAACACAUAGGCCAAUACGGGCCGUUCGAGUUUGGUGCAGCAACAUUAAGAACAAGGAAGAGCACGGCGUUGAAGUUGCAGACCAAGAUGAACAUCUCGCCUUGCGGCGUAGCCUUUAUAAAGAAGGAGGUACGUCAGGGAAUACUGCCGCGUAUGCUGUCGGAAAUUUUGAACACGCGUCUGAUGGUGAAGGAGUCUAUGAAGCUACAUCCGGCGGAGAACCGUACGUUGCAGCGCGUCCUUCAUUCUCAGCAGCUGGGCCUCAAGCUGAUCGCGAACGUCACUUACGGCUACACAUCCGCCAACUUUAGCGGUAGAAUGCCAUGUAUCGAGAUAGGCGACAGCGUAGUUAGCAAAGGACGGGAGACAUUGGAACGUGCGAUCAAACUGGUGGAAGCCACGCCAAGAUGGGGCGCACGAGUAGUUUACGGGGAUACUGAUUCCUUAUUCGUACUGUUACCCGAGAAAUCGCGCGAAGAGGCGUUUACCAUCGGCGAGGAGAUCGCGGAUGCCGUCAUUGCGAUCAAUCCCCCGCCCGUGAAGCUUAAAUUUGUGAAAGUUCUCCAUCCAGCUAUUUUGCAAACGAAAAAACGGUAUUGCGGGUACAUGUAUGAAACCCGGGAUCAGGAGAAGCCCGAGUUCCUGGCGAAAGGAAUCGAGACGGUUCGCAGAGAUGGAUGUCCCGCAGUUUCUAAGAUACUCGAGAGAUCCCUUAAAAUUUUGUUCGAGACGAAGGACGUCUCCCAGGUGAAGCAGUACGUGAUCAGGCAGUUCGACAAGAUCUUCACGCGACGCGUGUCCAUCCUGGAUCUGACGUUCGCGAAAGAGUUUCGCGGAAUGCGCGGAUACAAGGCCAACGCUUGCGUGCCCGCGUUGGAGCUGACGCGCCGACUGACCAGGAAGGAUCCCCGCGCCGUGCCGCGCACCAGCGAGCGCGUGCGCUAUGUCAUCGUCGCGGGUGCACCGAAUCAGGCGCUUAUCCAGUGCGUGCGCACGCCGAUGGAAGUCGUCGCCGAUCCAUCAUUAAUUCCAAACUCCGUGUAUUACAUAACGAAAGUCAUCAUACCACCCCUCAAUCGGUGCUUCAAUUUAUUCGGGAUCGACGCCAAUGUGUGGUAUAAAGAAAUCUCCCAUCGUUCCAAUUUCGACCACAUUGCACACUUGGGAGGUGACAAUCCGAAGUCUACGAUUCGCCAGUUCUUCAGUUCCGCGGCGUGCAUCACCUGUGGGGAACAGACCAAUAAAGAGAUUUGUCCAGAUUGCCUUUCGCAACCAAGCCGGACCGUUCUCGUGCUCCUCGAGAAGAUAAAACAGUUGGAAAGGAAUCAUCAGCAGAUUACUGCUAUUUGCCAUUCCUGUAUUGGACGAUUGGGUGACAUAGAAUGCGUGUCUUUGGACUGCCCGGUUUUAUAUCGGCUGGCACAAGCUCGCAAGGAGCUCGCGCAGAUUUCCCACAUUAAUAGUGUUAUUUACGGAAACAAUUCCAGCGGAAUUAAGGAAUUAAAUGCAGUUGCUGAAUGGUAUUAAUUACAUUACUAGUAAAAUGAUUGGGCGGACAAUAUUAAUUUUAUACAGAAUUGAAAGUAACAGUAUUAAAUAUUUGAAAUGUGAAAAAUAUA